AGCCUGCACCGGCCACGGCCUAGCAUGCUCCCCGUGUAACCUUAGCUGAGCACUCGUCUGGUGCUACCUCCGUAACCGAAGGCGUGACAUUACCAGAGCAGCUCCCAGAGGGAGCGAGGGAAUGGAACUUGGCCCUUAAAAUCCAGCUGAAGGAAGGAGGGGCCGACGCCUACAUAGAGGGAGUUCCAUAAAGGCCUCCCUGUGGUACAGUCCCCAAAGGCAGUGCUGGGCUGGUAGCUGCGGAGCCCUCCAAGGCAGAGCUGUUAGAAAGAAGCUGUCCAAGAAUCAGGCCGAAGUAUGUAUCAGCUCCUGCCUUGGGAGCGUGUUUGAACUUUAGGCACUGUCAGCCUUCGGCAAGAGUUUAAUCAUUAUCGACUUCCCCAGCCUCAGCCAGCCCUCGGGGGCUCAGAUUUCUUUUGAAGGUAGCUGGAAUUUCGUAACGCAGCUGCCCAAGAGCGGGUGCCCUCGGAGGACUGUCAUGGUUUCCAGUCAGAGGAGGUGUCCUUCCAGUGGAGCGACAGGAGCAGUGGUGACUGGUGUCUGCGUUGUGGCGGUGAUUUCUACCUGCAUCGCUCUGGCUGUGUGUCUGACCGUUAACAGGAACCCCCCGCAAGACUCUGCACCCAAACCAGCCUUUGAGACAGACGGAGACCUGUUAGAAUAUCUGCUAAAUCUGGGGAGCAUUGACAGGAAGGAUGGAUUGCUGGUCACCUGGUAUCAUUCUGCAAACAAAAAGAGCGAGCUGGCAGCUGCCUUGAAGAGUGAUGCUAUGGUCCUGGAAGCAGAUGUCAACAUAGAAGGACACAACACCCUUAAUGAGACCGACAAGCCCAUCAUGGCCCACCCCCCUGCUAUUUACAGUGACAACUCGUUUCAGGAAUGGCUGGAUGUCGUCCUUAACUCAUCUAGCAGAGGUGUCAAGCUGGAUUUCAAAAGCAUCAAGGCAGUUAGCCCAUCGCUGGAUAUUUUACUAAAGAAAUCCUCAGAAGUGCAGCUCAAUAGACCUCUGUGGUUAAAUGCAGAUAUUCUAAUGGGUCCCAAUGUCCCCAUAAACACUGCAGUUAACGCAAGUUUAUUCCUCUCACUCAUCCAGGAGAAGUACCCAAACUGCACUCUCUCUCUAGGGUGGACGACCCUCUACUCAUUCCUGUUCCCCAACAAAACCUACACUCAGAAAAUGAUUCAUGAGAUGCACAGCAUCACGGGGACGCUGCCCCAAAGAGUCACCUUCCCUAUCAGGGCCGUCAUGGUGAGAUUGGCUUGGCCUCAUUUCAGCUGGCUGCUGGCUCAGUCUGAUCGGUAUAGCCUGACUCUGUGGCAGGGGAAGACGGAUCCCGUCAGAGUGGAAGAUCUCCUGUUCAUCCGGGAUAAUAGCCGUGCUGAACAAAUCUAUUAUGACAUUUAUGAUCCUGUUCUGGCUCACUUCAAGGAAGCAGCGUUGAACUCAACAAGAAAGAGACUCUACUAUCCUGGAGGCAACUUGCUAGAUUACUUUCACCCAGCAGACUCUGAUGAACUACAGAUAGAGUGGUAUGGGAUGGAUCACCAUGAGAACAGGCUGGAAACACUGUCAAUUCUUAAAGAUAAGAGGGGCAUGAUUGCCCUGGACAUUGCAUUACAGAAUAGCACCACUGGAAAGCUCAUUCCUGUUGCACUGGCUCCAUCAGCAGGCCUCCCCCUGGAACAGUGUCUACUUACCGUAUCCAGACAUCUCAAUCCUUGGGGCAUAUACCUGAACAUAACAGAACCCAGAGCACUUCGCCCUACGCUGGAGCGCCUUAGAAAGCUAUAUGCCCAGAAUCUCUUAUGGAGCCCCAUCUGGAUAAGCAUGGCGCUCUCCUUUGGAAGCUUUGAGGCACCAGGAUACAUGCAAGGUGAAGAAUUCCUAACAGCCAUCAACAGCAUUUUCCCAUACGUUACCGUAGCCCCUGGCUGGCCCAGGGAAGCGAUAACUGCUGGUUACACUGACCCAUUGAUAGCCGAUAUGCUCACACUCUGUAAGGAUCUCUGGCAGCAAGUGUCAUUUCAGCUGGAGGCUGUGCCCCUGAGUAGAUCAUGGCUGGCGACUACAAAGCUGUUGGAGAUUUCACCCAGCUACACCAUCACUGUGCAACACAGUUACUCCGCGGGUAGCUACUGCGAUGGUUUCCCAGGACUCCGGUCUAUCCGAACACACACACAGAAGCGGGUCUAUUAUAAGAUACCGAGACAAUGCAGAAAUGCUUUGAUGGCGGAUGUCUUAACUUCUUAGAACUUCCCUGA